CGAAUAGUUGCGUUGCUUUUUCGAAGUGAUGGCUGGGAAGGUCGUUAAGCAGUUGGCUGGUAGUGGAACUGGUCAGAGCCUUUCGGACUUGAUGACAGCGAUGAAGUAUACUUUAUCAGGCUCUGUAGUUGUUAAAAUUAUUUGCAAAGCUACAACAGAAGAAAUGUGUGCUCCUAAAAGAAAACAUUUGUCCUAUCUUGUACAAUGUACAUUUGAACCCCGCCUUUCAGUCCCGGAUUUCGCCAACCAACUCGUCAUUCGCACACAACAUAGCAACUUGGUUGUUGUAUUCAAAGCAUUGCUGACGAUACACCACUUAAUGCAGUUUGGGAACGAGAAAUUUUCACAAUACAUCGCUUCAAAUAACUGCCAUUUCUAUGUACCAAGUUUACAUGAUCGCAACAGUGUUCAGGCCCAUGGAAUUUCCUUGUUUCUACGACCAUAUGCAAAAUAUCUGGAUGAAAAAGCAGCUUCCUAUCGUGAAGUAGCCUUCGACUUCUGUCGUUUAAAACGCGGGAAAGAAGAUGGUGAUAUGCGAACAAUGCCUCAAGAUAAACUAAUGAAAACUUUACCAGUUAUUGAGAAACAAUUAGAUGCUCUACUUAUGUUCGAUGCUACACUUAAUGAAUUGUCGAAUUCACUUCUUCGAGUUGCUCAUUUAUCUCUUUAUCGAGAUUUAAUUCGUUUAUACGCUGUGUAUAAUGAGGGUAUGAUUAAUCUAAUUGGUCGAUAUUUCACUAUGUCCAAACGAGAUUGUCGGGUAUCAUUAGAGAUUUAUAAGAAUUUUCUAAAACGUAUGGAAUCUAUGAAUACAUUUGUAAGAGUUGCUGAGUCUGCUGAACCUGGAGGCACACCCUUAUCAAUUGAUUCAGAAAAUAAUCCUUUCAAGCCAGUCCCUCCAUCAGUUUUAGAAGCCCUUGAAGAACAUUUAACAUACUUAGAAGGUCAUAAACAAGUUGAGAAAAAAAUAACUAGUAAUAUAUCUCCAAAACCACAACCAACAACAAAUCCAUCAAUAUCCAAUAAUAAUAAUAAUAAUGAUUUCGAAUCAUUGGAUUAUUCAACUGGAUCAGAUAAAUUUAUAUUAACUCCUACAGAACGUCAACGUAUUAUUGAAGAAGAACGUACACGUUUAGAAUCAUUUGUAUCUACUGCAAGACAGCAUAAAUUUUCAGAUCAUCAUCAUGAUCAAAAUAAUAUAAAUAUGAAUGAUAUAAAUCAACAAAAUUAUUAUUCAAUGAAAUCCGAUAAUGAUAAUUUUCUUGAUUUAUUAUCAUUUGAUGAAUUAUCUCAAACAAAUACUAAACAACAAUUCAAUGAUUCAUUGACAUCUAUUGGACAGAAUUUCAUAUUAACAUCUGAAAAGAAUCUACUUGAUUUCAAUGAUGUUCCUACUAAUUCAUUACCAUUUGGGUCGAAUAAAAGUCCACCUUUACUUCUCUCUGCUCAGUCAACCUCAACUCUAGUUCCUGUGGCAAUAUCCCCUGGUCAGUUGCAUUCUACAAAUCCAUUUUUAUUCAAUACUCAUCCUCAGUUAUCGAUUACAUCCAAAGACUUCAUGUCGAAUCAGCGAGUUUCUGCUAAUUCAACUUCCACAUCUCCACAAAUGCAGUCUAAUUCGAAUACUAUUCCGUCAAAAUCAUUAAUUUCAUUAGACGAUAAAAUCGCUCAAAUAGCUGGAAAUUUGUCUAUUUGUGACAGUUAUUCAUCCACACAAGCUGGUCGUAUUUAUCGUGCUCCCGAUGGAAGUUUAUCUACAAUCAAUUGGUCUGGAACUAUGCCAUGUGUUCAAGUUUCAACAGUAUCCAAUCAACAGAUGUCACAAGUUUCAACUAUUCAUCAAUCACCUUCUUUGAAUCAAAUAAUAGGUCCAGUUAAUACUAAUCAUCAACCAACUGCUUCGAUUCCAUUGAAUCCGACUAAUCCAUGGGCUGCGUCAGCUCAGUCUAAUAUUUCAUAUCAAACUCAAUCAUUUAUGAAUAAUCCUAUUCUAUUGAAUAAUAAUAAUAAUAAUAAUGGAAUAGUUCAUCGUUCAAUGAAUAAUCCAUUUCUUUGAUUAAAAAUUUUUUUAUUUAUCAUCUAGGUAUUCUUUUUGGUUCAACCACUACAUAUAUAUAUAUAUGAUUCCUUUCAUUCACUCUUUCGCUGUUUGUUGCCAUCUUCAUAUUGGUCUAUCUAUGUAACUAUAUGCGUGUACAAUAUAUAUAUAUAUGUGUGUGUGCGUGUGUGUUUGUGUAUCCAUCAUGAACGAAUUAAAAAAAAGAGGAAAGACAUAUCCUUCCCUAUCUCUUUAUCAAUUAUUUUAUUGAUUAAUCGAUUGAUUUCUUUUUCCUGCCUUUCUUUAUAUAUAGAUGCAUGCAUAUGUGUGUGUGUAUUGUGUGCAUGUCUAUCCAACUGAAUUUUUGUCUGUCAUUAAGUACACGGAGUUAUAAUUCACCUUUCUUUCUAUGAUUAUUAUUAUUAUUACUAUUAAUAAGUAGUAAGUGUAUAAAUGGGGAAAUAAGGAUCAGUAUUGUGUGUUGUUCUGUUUUGCACUCGAGUUGUGUUUGUUUCUUCCAUUCAUUCAUUUAUUUAUUUAUUUAUUCUGAACUUACAGAUGAAGAAUUUUUACAUGAUUGUGUUUGUGUGUUUCUAUGCCGUUGAUAAUAUUUUAUGUUAUAUAUAUAUAGAAUAAUAAUAGGUCUCUUUUUAUUUUGUCACACACUAAUGACCCCAUUGUGUUCCAAAGAUGUAUAUGCCUUUCUUUUUUCUUCGAUGUAGUGCAGUGUGUGCAAGUUAUAUAUCUGUAUAUUCUCUUAACAUAUUGUGACAUUCAUAUCAUUGAAAUUAUACCGACCUAUGCUUACAAAUAUCCUAUAUAUAUAUAUCAUAUGGCCUAUAGACGGUUAAAUGAAUUGACCUAUUGUUACUUUAUUUAAUGCCCCCUUCCUCCCCUCCCCUCUUCUUCUUUUUUAUGUUUUCAUUUUACAUCAUCUAUUUGUUACAAAUGAGAUUUCUGUGUAUGUGUGUAUGGGUGGGUUCCCAACUAUUUUUGUCUUUCUAUUUAAAUAAAAUUGUCUUUUCACAUUUGUCUGUUUACUGCUGAUUAAUAAUACCCUACCUCUAGAUCUAUUAUUAUUAUUAUUAUUAUUAU